AAAGAAGCAAGAGCAAUGACGAUUCAAAAAGUAGCUCGCUUCUUUUAUGAUAAUGGGAUCCCAUUCAAUGUAGCUCGCUCAAAAAGUUUUAAGGAAGCAAUUGAGGCUGUAGGAAGGUAUGGUCCAAACUUGAAGCCUCCAAGCUACCAUGAAUUAAGAGUUCCAUUACUUAGGAAGGAAGUUGAGUUGACCAAUGAGAUUAUAAACAGACAUAGAGAAGAAUGGGUGAAGUAUGGAACUUCCAUUAUGGCAGAUGGUUGGACAGAUAAAAAACAGAGAACUUUGAUAAACUUUUUGGUGAAUUCUCCACAUGGAACAGUGUUCAUUGAGUCGAUAGAUGCUUCCUCACUUGUUAAGACCGGAGAGAAGUUAUGUGAAUUGCUAGAUAGAUAUGUGGAACGCGUUGGAGAACAGAAUGUGGUUCAAAUUGUAAGUGAUAAUGGUAGCAACUUUGUGUUGGCUGGUCAACUGUUACAGAGAAAAAGACCACACAUAUUUUGGACGCCAUGUGCAGCUCAUUGUAUAGAUCUUAUGUUAGAAGACAUAGGGAAGAUUCCUAUCAUCAAGAAGACCCUCCAAAAAGCAAUUGCCCUUGUCGGUUUCAUUUAUGGACACUCAGGAGUCUUAAAUAUGAUGAGAGAUUUCACUAAAAAUAAAGAGUUGGUGAAAUGUGGAAUUACUCGAUUUGCAAUGAGUUUUCUGACUUUGCAACGGUUGCAUUGUCAAAAAACAAAUCUGCGAGCAAUGUUUACAUCUGACAAAUGGGUGAUUAGUAGGUGGGCUAAGUUACCAAGGGGGAAAAGUGCACCACAUAUUGUCUUGACGGCAACAUUCUGGAGUCAGGUUUCUAAUAUUUUGAAGAUAAUGGGGCCUCUUGUUAAAGUGUUGCGAUUAGCUGAUAAUGAGAAAAAACCUGCCAUGGGGUACAUUUAUGAAGCCGUGGAUAGAGCUAAGGAGGCUAUUGCAAAGGCAUUUGAAGGGAAUGCUGCAAAAUAUAAAGAUAUCUUUAAGAUUAUUGAUGAAAGAUGGCAAUGCCAAUUGCAUCAUCCAUUACAUGCUGCUGGACAUUAUUUAAAUCCAGAGUUCUUCUUUCAAAAUCCAGGUAUUGAGAAUUGUCAAGAAGUAACAGAUGGGUUGUAUGCUUGUAUUGAAAAAUUGGUUCCAAGCACUGAAGUACAAGACAAGAUCAUAUCAGAGAUACCAUUGUACACAAGAGCUGAACAACAAUUUGGCCUUCCUAUUGCAAAAAGAGCUAGAACGAAAAGAUCUCCUGUUGAAUGGUGGAAUUUAUAUGGUAAUUCAGCUCCCAAUCUCCAAAAAUUAGCCAUUAGAAUUUUGGGUUUAACAGCUAGUUCUGCUGGAUGUGAGCGUAACUGGAGUGUGUUUGAGCAUAUCCAUACCAAAAAAAGAAACAGAUUGGAGCAUCAAAGAUUGAAUGAUCUAGUGUUUGUUAAGUAUAAUCGUGCUUUAAAAGCUCGUUAUGACUUGCGGAGUGUCAUUGAUCCAAUCUCGUUGGAUAACAUUGAUCAUAGUAAUGAAUGGUUGGUUGGGAAGAUGGGUAUUAAUAUGGAAGCAGAAGAUGAAUUGGUGUUUGGUGAUGACAACUUAACUUGGGGUGAUGUUUCAAGAGCGUCGGGCAGUGAGGAUGUGUUGGCAUACACAAGGCGACAAAAGAGACAGUCGGAAGUUAUUACAACUAAUGCCUCAAGUUCCUGA